AUGAGUACUACUACAAAUGAACCGUGUCGCUUUCAAGCACGUUUGGUUGGUGGAAAUUUCAUUGAAUUACCAGUGGAACAGUUACGGCGCAUUGCAAAUGCCAAUGGAGUAGAUUCUAUCGAACAGGAAACAAAGCACUUUUCAUACAGUACAACUCUACAUGGUCCAUUACGACUUUACAAAGGAAAAGGAUAUGGAAAGAUAUUCUGGUGUUUGGUAAUGUGUUCUGCUGCAAUAUUCUUAUCACUUCAAAUAAACAUACUGGUAGCAUAUUUCAUAUCACAUCCAACCGCAACAUCUGUCACCUUUGUCCCUGCCGAAAUGCUUAUUCUACCCGCAGUAACUGUGUGCAACUACAAUCCAAUCACCAAAAAUUAUGUUCGGUAUUUGAAUGAAUCCAGUAGUGGUUCUGGCUAUUUCACCAAUGAUUUGUUGCGCUACAUGACAAUGGCUUACAGUGAGGUGGAAGACUUAUAUUUGCACGCGAACAACGAUACGAUCGAAAGAGGUCGACAAGCAUAUGAAUACUUCAAAAGCAUUUUUACAGAGUAUCCAUUUAAUAUCGAGAAUUUCUUCGCACGAGCUGGGUUUGCUUGUCAUGAAAUGCUUAAAGUUUGUUCUGUGGGUGGCACCAAAUUAGAUUGUUGUGCAGUGUCACGAAAAGUGCUCACUGACCUGGGUUCAUGCUUUGUAUUUUCGCUCAAUGACAUGAAAUUAAAUCAGACCCAACCAGGUAUUUUCAAUGGAUUGCAGCUGAUAUUAGAUGCUGGAAUAAAUGAUGCUAUCGCUGUUAAUUAUGCUGAAGAAGGAAAUGCUUUGCCAAUCUUUUCUAAUAAUCUAGAAGAUGGAUUUCGAUUAUAUGUUCGAAGUGAAAAUGAGUUAGCAUAUUCAUAUACAGAAGGCCUUUCGGUCUCACCUUCCUAUCGUGCAUAUAUUGCUUUGAAUUUAGAAACGUUUCAUUUCCUCACUCCUGAUAGUUGGGGAAAUUGUACGCAUACCUGGCCAUUGAAAUCGCCUCAACGAGCAUUUCGUUUACCAUACACGGCAAAAAACUGUGCAUCACUUUGUCAACAAAUAUACUAUGAACAAAGAAUUAAUUGCACUCCACUAUUAUACAGCGUUGGUGAUGCUCAUCUGAAUACUUGUACACCAAGCGAACUGCAUGCAUUCAUGCUUCAAGUUGCUGACCGGACAAACAAUAUCAAUGGCCCUGAAUGCGCAGAUAACAUUUGUCCAACGUCCUGUGUAACCCAUGAAUAUAAGGCAUCGAUAACUUAUGGAUAUGGAUUUUCCGAAAGUGCUAUGGACUGGCUGACAAAUAUUAACAAUAAAUGGACUCAGAAGUAUAUAAAGGGAAAUUUUGCUGUGGUGAAUAUCUUUUAUCGUGAAAUGUCUUAUUUAUUAAAUGAACAAAUGCAGUCAACGUCGCUGGUGGAUGUACUGAGUAAUAUUGGUGGAAAUAUGGGAUUGUUUUUUGGAGCAAGUGUGAUAACAGUCAUUGAAUUAAUCAUAUUUCUAUCUAAGCUAGUUUGGAUUGCAUUUUCUAGUCGACGUCGGGAAUAUAUGUUCUACAAAUGUCAGAAAGAACGUGAUCGUGAGAAACGCCUCACAACAGUGAUCAAUAUCGCUUCUUAUUCGAGGCGAAGCUGUGAUGGAACAGCACAGAUUGAGGAAAAGAAAAUGGUUACUCAUCCGAAGAAUACAAUUUAA